CAGUGUAGCCCCAUCAGUGCCACCUGUAAGUGCCCAUCAAUGCCACCUGUAAGUGCCCAUCAAUGCCACAUACCAGUGCCCAUCGGUGCACAUCAAUGCCACAUAUCAGUGCCUACCAGUGCACAUCAAUGCCACAUAUCAGUGCCCAUCAGAGCUGCCUUUCAGUGCCACCUAUCAGUGCCACCUAUCAGUGCCAGUCAGUGCCGCCUAUCAGUGGCCGUCAGUGCCAUCUAACAGUUCCAAUCAGUGCCGCCUAUCAGUGCCAUAUAUGAGUGCUGCCUUUCAAUGCCCAUCAGUGAUGCCUGUCAAUGCCCACAAGUG